AUGGGGCGGUACAAUGACCCAGACCAUAAGAUGAAGGAUGCCGAUGAUCAUAUUACUAUGAGCCCAACCGACCCUAUGCAGCUUUCCGAAGGACCGAGUGAAAAAUGGCAAAACCCUGGGUCAAAAUCUUGGACACAACGCACUUUGGGAAGAAUUCGCGAAACAUCAAGCGCUCCAGUUUUUCCUGGACGUAUCACUCGCAAAACAGCUGCAACUGCACAGCGCGCAAGCACCUCGAGCGCCUCUGAAGCCAGACCGCGCCGCCGAAGUCACGACAACCCUGGUGAUUACUCUGAAGACUGUGAGAGUUGCACUAGGCUGAAUGAAUCCUAUGAGAGGUUACUCACGGAAAAGGAUACCUCUUUUCAGCUAGAAUUUCAAAAGGUCACUACGGAAAACGAGGAUAUGAAAAAAGAGAUUGAUCGUCUAAGAGCUGUAUCAGAAACAUCUGGAUGCGAUGAGAAAGCCCAACAACAGCUUGAAGCCCUUAAGGAACGCAUUCGCACUCUGGAAUCCGAGUUGGUUUCAGCCCACAAGUACACAGCUGAGCAAAAGUCCGAGAACACUUCGUGUCAUACACACAUCGACGAGCUUAAAGAGCGGCUGAAAAAAUACCACGAAGAAAUCGAAGACCUUAAGUUCGAGAGGGACACGUUCCAUGGAAAGUUACAGAGUAUGACUGGGGAUCGCAAAGAAAUGAAACAAGCCAUCGACAAUCUCCGAUCAGAAAUAGUCGCUCGCGAUAAUGAUGUUCGUGGCUUGAAGCAAGAAAUCUCAAGAUCCCGCGCCAGCAACCCAGCCUUUAUGCCGGAUAACAAGAUAGUCUCCGACUACCAAUAUCUCCUCUCGCAUUUAAGUAACUGGGCUCUAUCGAAUUUCCGAAAAUUAGAGCCGACAAAUGUCGAUCAGGUCAUUGCGGAAUUAAAAUUAGAUCCUACGACCUACGAUGCGAUCACUGCGUGUAUGAAGGAAACCGCUGGCCGAAAGUGUCUUGCUAUAAGCUCGCUGGUAAUGCGAUUUAUUAGUAGAGGUAUCUUCCGGCCAUUUCUUUUUGGAUUGGAUGAGACAGAGGAAAAAUACCUCAAAAGCCUUGAGUCUAGCCUCGCCGAGCAGAGCACUGAAAAGGAAAUCCAAUUUUGGCGUUCCACAACUUUAAGAAUGUUGAUUGCUAGUAAAUCGCACAAGAGUAAAGUCGAUUCCUCCAUAGAUAAGGUCGCUUCAGAGAUCAAAUCUUUCCUCGAAACUAUAUUUCCACCUUCAGCUGGCUCGCCAGUAUCGAAUUACGGGGCAGAGGCCUUGAAAACGGUAAUCACGCAUGCAGCUGAGCUUUCACUAGCGCUCCGUAUGCAGCGACCAUCGUACACGUUGUCGGCACCACCUUCGGGGAGUCCGUUCCUGAAACACAUGGAAUCUGCAGAACCUAGCUUAGAUAAUGAUGAUAGUGGAGGGGGCCUUAUGGGAACUUUAAGACGGACGAAGCCACCACAAGAUAAAGUUAGGCUAACGAUCUUUCCUUUACUGCACAAGUCAGGAAAUGAAGAUGGUGACGAGUACGACAAGGUUUUUGUUAUACAUAAGGGAAAGAUACUGAAGGCUUAA